AUGACCAAGGGACGGAGUUUACGGGUGAAGAGUUUCAGGAGAUGCUGCGCAGCUACGGAAUUCAGUCCAAGCCCAUCACAAGCAAGAAACCCACAAGCAAAUGCGAUAUGUGAGCGCGUGCAUUUGGAGAUUUUGAAUGUCAUCCGUUGCUACGAUGGAAUUGACUGGAAGAAGACCAUAGACUACGCUGCGUUCGCCGUGAGAGCCAGCUACCACAGCAUUCUCAAUGCUUCGCCAGGUCAGCUUCUCUUCGGACAAGACAUGAUCACUCGCCAGCUUUAUAAUGCUAACUGGAGCUACCUAUCCAAGCGCCGUUUCGAUGCAAUCCUUGCUGACAACGACCGCAAAAACAGCAAACGCCUUGAGCAUUUGUACAAUGCAGGCGAUCACGUGAUGCUGCGGAUUCCCAAGCAAUUUCGUGCGAAGCUUCACGCCGUGGCACACGGACCGUUUCUAUUACGUGCAGUUCAUGACAACGGAACUGUCACUAUAGACAAGGGCAAAGCGAUCGAGCGUGUGAGCAUCCGCCGCAUUUUUCCAUGCUGA